AUGAUCAAACCUGGCAAGUAUUCAGCCCUUAAGAUAUUCAGUUCGAAUGUAAUUAAUUUAUUUGCUAAAGAAAACGAAGACCAAGAAGACGAAGAAGAACAAAAACAAGAACAAGAAGAACAAGAGGGUGAAGACGAAGAAGAAGAAGAUUAUUUUGAAGAGGUAAGAUGCACUGGCCUGGAUGAGUGAAUUCUACUUUGCUUACGUCACACAUUAGCUUGCUAAACACAACGUUAAUUACACCAUGCAUCUUGACACCUCCAUGUGCAUAUUUUUUUUAAAAAAAUAGUUUUUAUAAUUGCGGGGCAAAAAGUAGAAAAAGUUUGUCAACUCUUAGGACACAAUAUCAAAAUAUUUUUUCCCAAAUGAAAAAGACAAAACAUGAUAUACAUUUACUGUGAAAAAGACUCAAUAGUUGUAUAUGGCCAUUAGUUUGACCAUGGCAAUGCAGGGAAUUCUUUAUCUUUAAUUUGCAAACAUUUUAAGGGCCAGUUAUUUAAACGGAGUUUAGCCAGUGUUUAAUAAAACCCCGCUCUAUUAGCCAUUUUCAGUUUGCCGAACGCUAUAACGUAAACACUGUUCAUUCGUAACAGUUUCAUGAAAGCAUAUCGCGUAGACCGAAAAAGGGCAUUUGUCUUUUUAAAAUGACCCACUAAGGAAGAGCCUGAAGGUCGAAAGAUUUCCUAAACCUCGGUCUAAGUUACACUUCGAAGUUAGACUUCGUUGGUCUAAAAGCCGAGUUAGACUUCGUUUAGGGUCGGUUAUUAAAACGAAUUCUAGACCGCGGUUUAGGAAAUCUUUGGAUCUCCAUAUCCCUUCCUUUAUACUGAGGUUAUUUUAAAAAGAGAAAUGCUUGUCUAAUCUACGCCAUAUGCUUUCAUGAAACUGUUCACGAUAUAUGGUGUUUACAUUAAAACGUUCGGCAAACUGAAAAUGGCUUAGAACGCGGUUUUUGUUAAACACUGGCUUAACUCCGCUGAUAAUAAUAAUAAUAACAACAACAACAAUAAUAAUAAUAAUAAUAAUAAUAAUAAUAAUUUGCACUACUUGCAAAAUAAGACAUCAUUUAAAUCCUCGAAAUAUAUUUCGCUCUUUCGAAAAUUUUAAACUUCUAGAGCAUUUUAAUUUUUACAUUUUACAUUUCCUAUACGUGCGUCGAAUAUGGUAAAGACGUGAUGUCUUAUUUUGCAAGUAGUUCAAGUUAUUCGAACACAUUCCUCGUUUCGGCAUUUACAACUUCCCAAAAAUAAUGAUAAUGCCUUUAUUUAACGAGGGUAAUCAUGUUGUUCUCGAGUCUACCUUGCACAUAUCUAACGGGACACUGUUCCAUAAACACUGUUCGCUUAAAAACAGGCCUGUCGUCUCGAUGGCGUUUCGGUGGCUUUUAGCAUGAGUAAUCACUUUUCCGUAAGAACUUCAGUCUAGUGUAAAAAUGGAAAAAAACGCAGCAGUGAGAGCGUCGUUAAAAAUUUAUGAUUCAUCUAACAGCAAACUAAAAACUAAUUAAAAUUGAAAAAUUGAAAAGAGGCAAAACUUCAGUGUUAAUAUGCGCAACACGGUUAUAACAGUUUGAGCUUAGCAAGGUAGGGCAAAGCCUACGAUCAGUCUCUUGAUUUCCAGAUGGCUUUUAACACCAAUUUUAAGCACUAAAGGCUUAGUUAUAUUUAUGCUGAGAUGGUUUUUUUAAAAAUUUAUGAUUCAUCUAACAGCACGGUCCGUAAAACUUAUUAAAAUGGCAAAAUUGAAUGGAGACAAAAAAAUGACUAAAAAAUAUGUCUGUAGGUGGACAGUAUAGCUGACAUUUUUAAAACCAUUUUACAGGAGGUACAUGCUUUAACUAAUUACAAUUUAUAGAGGUAUUGGCCUGCGAAGCUUCGCUAAAAACUGUUAUGAAUAUACACUUAAACCAUGGUUUUCCAAGACAGAAUUCUAUUGAAAACUGAUCUCUUUUUUCGAGUUUCACUGACAAUAGCUGACGUUUUUAAAAUCAUUUUGUGUCCCUUGCAUUAAUUAUUUACGAUCACUUAAUUAGGUACUGGUUUGAGAAGCUUCUUAUCACACUGCUCUCUAUUUAUAUACACUUUUCUUUUCUUAAAACGCUCGAAAAUUAACAUAAAAUAAUAAAAUAAAAAAGUCAAAACAUGAUAUAUCUUUACUGUUAUUAAUUUUUAACUAUAAUACCUGGAAUGUGUAAAAGACUUCAGUGGUAAUAUUAAUACAAGCUGUACGUUUAGAGUUUGAGUAUGGCAAGGAGGAGAAGAUUAAGGCUAUGUUCACACUAUAUACCGUACAGCUUUUCGUGCCGCCUCGAAAUCUGUUCUGAACACUUAUCCGAUAUGUGACUCUCCACUUCAGAGAUCGGCGCGGCGCAGCUUCGCUCACAGAAAUCACGCAGCCAAAACUGUUCUUUUGUGUGAACAGAAGGCCUACCAGUAGGGAACUUAGCUUUCGUCUUUACAGAUUGCAAAUUUAAUAAGUUUAUGUAAUCAAAUUCCAUGCCUUCCGCGUUUCGUUUCAGGUUAUUUGAUGUAAAGCUCCUCGCACCAUGAAGCCUUGCAUGUUUCAGAAACUACUGGCUCUUAUUUCAUUGCUCCGCAUUGUAUCCUGGGAACCUCUUGGAGAAGCCGCUGGUCAAUGUAAUUCCGGAGGUUCAGAUUAUGGUAAAGCGCUCACAGGUCACACAUUUAAGAAAUUCAAGGUAAACCGCCCUUCUGAUUGCGUCAUAAGAUGUGAGAAUGAACCAGGAUGUCAGAGCUACAACUACAAGCUGGAGGAAAAAAUCUGUGAACUAAAUAGCAGAUCCAAGGAGACGAGACCUAUGAACUACAGAGUCAGAGCUACAACUACAAGCUGGAGGAAAAAAUCUGUGAACUAAAUAGCAGAUCCAAGGAGACGAGACCUAUGAACUACAUAACUGACUUGACUCGAAUUUAUAUGACUGUUAAAUUCAUUGAAGGUAUGUUUUCACGCACGCCUACUUCAAUUCGCUUAGUUUAUGAAAACUAAACAGAUCAGAAAGAAAUAGAGGAUAUUACAUGGCCGCUUGGAGAUACGAAAUUUCUCUUCAAGUGUUGAAAAAUAUUUUUUUCAACACGAGAAGAGAAAUUUCGUAUCUCCAAGCAGCCAUGUAAUGUUAUAUUUAUUAUAUAAACACCAAUGAAAUACCAAACCAUUUCACUUUCAUAUUUUUUGGUGUGAAAUACGCGAUUUAUUAUGUAGCCAUAGCAACGGUGAUAUUUUCACGUGUGAAGAUAUAGAGGAUAUUACAAGGUGGCGAGAAGAUAUGAAUUUUAUGUUCGAGUGGCAAGAACAAUAUCUCACGAUAUUGUUCUUGCCACGAGAACAUAAAAUUCAUAUCUUCGAGCCAACGUGUAAUGUUCUUUUUAUUAUAUGGAGAAGCCAAUUCAACAAAAGCAAAAGGCGGGAAUCGUGACGUCAUUGAACGAUACGACACUCACAAAGGUGACAUACGGAAAAUACGCCACUCGGUUCCCGGAUGAAGUGGCGUAUGGAAUCUACGAGUGGUUUAGUUCCCAGUAAAACACUCUCCUCCAUAUAAUAAAACAUGUUAUUUUCACUAGUGAAAAUAUCAAGUUUUCGCGCGAAAGCUCACCUGGUAUUUCAUUGGCGUUUAUAUAACAAACAGUUUUUCGUGGAUACGAAAGAGAAAUAGCUGUGAGCAUGCGGAAGGAAGUGCAAUACCGCCGACUUUGGUGGUGUGACCAUUACUCUCAGAUUUUCUGCCCUAUGACUCGGGACAAAUUGGCUUUGAAAUAAUAUUUAAAGUCUGUGACAAAGAAAGGCGGCAGUUUUUCAGAUAGUAGCCUAUUUGGAUGGGCUCAAGAUUGGGAUUUUAGAAGGCUCGGCAAAUUUAUUAUUUGGCCCCCGUUUUAAACCACUUUAGCCUUGAUAAUGUCUGUCGGUGCUAUUCUCAAUGACGGAGUUGAUAGUUUAGACUGAUUACAGUCUACUAUUUUUCCCCAAGAUCUUGGUAAAGAUCGAGCGCAGACAUCUUGGUUUCAAGAGUAUCAGAUCCACUUUUCUCCUUUGCUAUAAACGCCUACGCUCACCUUCUCGCUUCAACUGAAAUUAAGAUGACCGCUCGUUACAGUUCGAUCUUAGCGAUUUACUUGUAUAUGUGGCUACCAGAACUUGAUAACUUGUAAAUUGCGAUUAAUAGGUACGUGUAUACAGCAUUUACUCAUCUGCAUUUUUGUAGUGCCUAUUUGGGUAUACUUAAAUACAGUAUAUGCUCGGCCGAAAGUAGCGAAAUAGCCUGGGGUAAACUACAAUGUUAGCUGGAUCCGGCUAUGUAUACGGAACUAACAAGAAAAGCAAAGUGGAUGGUUCCAGGACUAAAUGUGCUUCCUAAUUCUCAGUCUCUCGUGUAUUUCAGUGCCACAAACUAAGGAAAUAGCAAGUAAAUAAAACCCACAUAAAGAAAUCAAAUCAAUCGUUAUACUGAAUAAGGUCUCUUCGUAUAUCGCAGAUAAAGAUGAAUCCUCUUCAAGUCAGUGGAACAUAUCUGAUGGUAGGUAG